GUUGCUACUACUAGUGCUAGGGAAACGCUGCGCAAACGCAGGACCGUGCGCAGCCGUUUUGUUACCGUCGCUGCUGCGACUGUGUCCGUACUGCACACUACACUACAUACAGUGGACGAGCCGGCAUGUACAACGGCAUUGGGUUGCAGACUGCCCGUGGCAGUGGCACCAACGGCUACGUCCAGCGCAAUCUGUCCCUCGUGCAGCGCUCGCGGGAGAAAGUCAAUUACAAGACGGAAGAGGAUAUUCAGCGCUUAGAUGCACAACUCAUCCGCAAGGCCAACUCUGAGAUUCUUGACCAUGAGCGCAAGCGCAAGCUCGAGAUCAAGUGCCUGGAACUCCAGGAAACCAUGGAGGAGCAAGGCUACGAGCCGAACGAGAUAGCUGCAAAGGUGGAUGAGCUGCGUGACCUGCUGCAGCAGCAAGGCCACCUGCUCGAUUUCCCAGCUCCCAAAGACGAGGCGGGCCGCUCCAUUGUGAAGGAGACACACCAGAUGGCGGAGGCGAACCAGGAGAAGAAUGCCAAGCUCAAGGAGGCCCUGGGCAUCAGCAGCUUCUUUGUGGAAGGCAGCUCCUUCGACCCAGACCGCAAGAGCCGGGAGGCAGCCGCCGAGGCACAAAAGCAGCUCCACAGCCUUGUUCCUGAUUCGGACAGCUCUCCCGAGCAGAAGAGCAGGAAGAAGAAGGCAGCCAGCAAGAGGAGGAGCCCCUUGCCUAAGAAGAAGAAAAGUUCAAGGAAGCGCGCAAGGUCAGAAUCCCCUGUGGUAGUGAAGCACCACCGAAAGAGCAAGCCUAAGAAGAAGCAGGCAUCAAAGUCCAAACGCAAGUCCCGCAAAAGGUUUGUGAGUCCUGUGGUGGAGAGCCGACGCAAGCGUCAGCGGCGAUCACCGUCUGAGUCAAGCAGCUCGGCUGACCAGAGCAGCGACGAGUCGUCCGAGUCCUCCUCUGAGGAUGAGAGCGAGUUGUCAUCAUCUGAGGAAAGCAGCCCAGAGCGAAGUAGGCAAGACCGCAAGAAGAAGUCGUCUGUAAAAAGAAUUCACCGCAAAUCGGUCAAAGAGGGCAGCAGUUCAAAGUCUCGCAAGUCUCGCAAGGACCGUCACAUUGAUGGAAAAAAACGGCAUCACGAUGAGGACGAGGAACGGCACAAGAAGCCACUGACCAGUGGGGACAAGCACCGGCGAGUGGCGGCACACAGCGACAGCAGCCAAUCAGAGGCGCGGGGCCGCAAGGUGCGCGCCACCCGCUCGUCGAGCAGCGACUCGGCACCACCCAGCCACCGCCGGAGGCGCACUGCCAAGAAGAAGCGCAAGUCUCGUAGGGAGACCAGCAACGAGUCGUCCUCUGAGCAGUUCAGCUCAUCUUCAUCGUCUACCGAGGAGGAGGAGGAGCUACAAAAAAGGCCCAACAAAUCUGCCCGAAGUGGUGAUCGCCGCCCCAAGGAAGCAGUCAAGGCCAAGCCGAGUAAGCCUAACAAGGAGAAGACGAGCAAGGAGCACAACAGUGACCAGCCUCGUGACAGGCAAGGCCCACCAAGGCCCCCUGCGUCAAGUAAGCCUCCCAAGGAACGCCCUCAGGAGGAGGCUGCUCCACCAUCUCCACCCAAGCAGCCCAACGGGCACGCCUCUCGACCAGCACCUCAACUGGCCUCCCAUUCACGCUCCAGGUCCCGAAGCAAGGGUCGCCCGAGGCACUCCCCUUGGAAUUCACCACACCGCCGCCACAGGGACUCGCGCUCCCCAUCCUACAACUCGUACCGCAACAGAUCCCCAAGCCCGGAGCACAGGCAGACACGAUCUCGCGAGCGGAGUCGCUCGCACUCCUACAGCAGCCGGAGUUACAGCUCGAGGUCUUGCUCGAGGUCUGCGUCGUCUCGCUCGAGGUCGUACGCACGUAGUCCCUCCAUUCCGCGCCGCAAAGGGUCCCCAAGCUUUCUAGAUAAGAGGCGCAUAACCAGCAAGUCCCACGGAAUGCAGAGGAUGGACACAGUGCACGCAAGCGACCCGUACCAUACCGGCGGCCGACCCCUCCCAGCCCCAGCUCGUGCAGCCUGGGAUCCUGGUCGUCGUCAUGCACCACAUCAAGUCACUCCAGCAGCUCGGAGCAAUCGUCGGACAACUCCUGAUGGAAAGAAAUGACAACACUACACACAUCACAACAGUUAGUGCGGCAGCAGUUGCCACGUCAAAUAAUUCCACCAUGCGCUUUGCUGCUGGCAACACAACAGUUUACAGCUGAGCUUAUGCUUGAUGUAUGAAUUUUCUAAAGCAUAAUUUCUAUGAAUGCUCCAAUAUACAAAUGUCAACAAAAGGAGCGUUAAAGCUACGCAUUUUGGUCACUUCUGUGGCAGUGCGCUUGUUUGCAUUACACAACAAAAGUGCCAAAGAGCAGAAUGGGGCUGUCUCGACAACAAGUGUGGUGUCAGAACAGGCACAAUCCUGUGCAUUGUCCGUUUUGCGAGACACACACACACAAACAGAGAGAGAGAGAGAAGAGAAAAUUUUGGAGUAUGCCCGGAGAGAAGAUUCAGAAUGGUGUUAUUUUUAAACAAAUCACUUUUAGAAGAUGAUUCACAGUAAUUAAGGUGCACACCCAUUGUCUGCUCCUUAAGAACAUUGCUUUAUUAUUACACAGGAAAGAUGCAGCACAGGCUGACUCAGGACAACAAUGCUUAAGUGCACUCUCCUAUCUCUUAAAGAAACGAACAACAAAAUGUAACAGAAAAGUGAAUACCAAAUUAGGGGGAAAACACUGAACGAAGACACAUUUGAAGUGUUGCUGCAUGCCUCAAUGAAGUGGCCGGUGUGCAUUGCAAUACCACAAACUUUGUCUGUACAUAGUCUAGGCACCUCCCUUGUUCAACUUUUGCCUUCCGUUCAGGACUCCCGUCACCAUACACACUAUUUUGUUUGUAAAUGGUGGUUGCUUGCUAUAGGCUAUUAUACACAGCAAUAGAAACCAGGAGACUGCAGUGGUCGCAAAAAAAACAUACAACAUUGCAAGCAAGCAGCACUGAAUUGAAAAAUUGUUUUCGAGCAAGUCAGCCAAUACUUGGAGAAGCGCAGAGAAGAUGCACAUGCUGUUGUGUUCCUUGCAUCUGUCUUAUCUGCACUACAAUGACUUCCACAGCAUGCAAUUGACAUUGGUGUCAAAGGCUUCCCAGGUCCAGCAAACAAGUGAGGUCUUUGCUUACGCUAAGUGAAGGCAAUAUUGCAUUGGUUGCACAUCACACA